AUGACUCAAGAAAACGUUGCUAUCAUUGGCGCUGGACUCUCCGGUCUUGUUUUGUCCUUAUCUCUACAUCAACAGGGCGUACCUUGCACCGUGUACGAGGAGUGGGGUGAUGGCACUGUCGGUCACGCCGCCAGUCUAGUCAGCGUGGAUGGCAUCCACUCUCGCGUUCGUUCAUAUCUCCACCCUGACGUCGAGCCCAAGUUCGUGAAUGUGGUGGCUGUCGCAGGGGCAGUGCCAACUAGCCACGUCAAAUUUCCGAAAGACUAUGCACUCCCUGUCACCAUUAUGAGCGCAACUCAUGGUGUCUACAUCCUCGCACCAAACCUUCCUGAUGGAUCUGAGUUGAUGGUUGUGAAGCAGAAAAAGAUUGAGGAGCAUGAUCGCGAAGGCUGGAAGGCUUUCGUGGAGGAUAAGCAAGGGUGUGUUGUUUUCCUUCGACAAGGAGCGGAUAACUUCCCAGAGGUAGUACGCAAGGCUGUUUCGGGACUUGAUACGGAAUCAAUCUUCAUCUGGCCUUUCUAUGAAGUCCCGCGUAUGAAUAGCUGGACCUCUGAGAAAGGCCGAGUGACAAUUCUCGGGGACGCGGCGCAUGCCAUUUCUCCUUCAUCCGGACAGAGUGCCAAUCAGGUCUUUGAAGACGCCUAUACAUAUGCACUGAUUUGCGGUCAGUGCAAUACAUCCUCGCUGAGGUCCAUACUACAAAAAUGGCGAAAGGGUCGCCAGGAGAGAAUUGAUCGCCUUAUUAUCUUGGCGCGACAAAUGAAUGUACGGCAGUUGCCUGAGUCCGAAGCCCGCGAGUUCGAACGCGACGUCGGAGGGGAGAACUUCAACACAGAAUGGCUUCUUAAGCCCGACCUUAAGCAAAUAGCUCAAGAUUGGCUUCGCGCUUAG